AUGUCGUCUAGCGGAGAUGCGUCUCUUGCUCUAGGGAGCCAGGCUCCUACGGUAAAGGGUGUGAUGUGGACGAUGUCAAUGAUUUCGUUGGUUUUCGUUUUGAUGCGCUUGUACGUGCGACUAUAUAUGAGGAGAGUAUUUGGCUGGGAUGACGGCAUUGCAAUUGCGGCAAUUUGUUGUCUCGUUGCAUACGCUGCUGUCAGUCAUGUCGCUGCAAACCUGGGCUUAGGCCAACACCUUGAAAUCGUUCAGAAAAAUCCCGGCAACCUUAUCCAGGUGGCACUCCUGUGCAACAUUGGUGAAUCUCUGGCGAUCAUGGCAUGCACACUUGGAAAGACCUCCUUUGCUGUCACGUUGCUUCGAAUCGUGGUCCACAGAUGGAUGGUGAUCGUGCUAUGGUUCGUGAUAGUUACGAUGAACAUUGUCAAUAUUCUGGCCGCACUCUUCGUCUUUCUGCAGUGUAAAGAUCCUCGGCAUUUGUGGAAUCCGAUGAUACCAUCAGAAUGUUGGCCAUCGCAUGUCUUUACCAAUUUCUCUCUCUUUGUUGGAGCCUAUUCUGGAGCACAAGACUUUGUCUUAGCACUACUGCCGUGGACGAUUGUCUGGAACUUACAAAUGAGGAAGAAGGAAAAGCUUGGUGUCGCCAUUGCUAUGAGUCUUGGAAUCUUCGCGGGUGCCGCAUCCAUCGUCAAAACCAUCCACCUCGUGGCUCUCUCGGCCAAAGCCGAUUUCACAUGGGAACUUGCUCCCUUAUUAAUCUGGGCGGCUGUGGAAGAUGGACUUGCUAUAACCGCUGCAUCUAUUCCCGCGCUUAAGCCUAUUUUGACGAAGAUCUUUCCCAGCACGAAAUCGGACAAUUAUAACAUGAUUUCCUAUCCACGCCUGCCGCCCAGUCACAAGGUAUUCGACAACUCCCAGGGCGAAACGCAUACGAACAUCGGGCAUACGACUGUUCACGAUUUAGGAAGUCAAACGGCAAUCCUAGAGCCCAUGUCCCCAAAGGGAGAGAAUAUCAACAUGACAACCGAGGUCUCGGUGACGUAUAACCAUAGCUUGUGA